AUGGCUCCCGGUUUGAGGAGUGGUGGGCGGACAGGUCACCCUAAAGUGGUGGGAGCUGGCGGAGCGGACCCCGGUGGGUGUUCGCCGCAAAGGACGCAAACCGGAGCAGAGGGGAAAUGUUUGAGGAUCAGGUGGCGAGUCGGAGCACCAGGGAUGCUUGCAAACUGUCUGCUGUCUGUGGGAAUGCUUCUACUUCUUGUCCGGUGCGCUUUGGCCGCAGAGGAAAAAUCCACCUACGAUGCCUCUGGCUCCUUGCCUCUACCAAGCGACCCCGCAGCCACAGCGGCUCCUGCUCACCCACUGACUGGCCUGUCGGUGGCGGAGGAGGCGCCUUUCUCAGCCGUCCAUUCAGAUGGUGACUCAGAGUCUGAGGGGGAAGGUUUAUCAGGGCAGCCUGCCUUUUCUUCUGUCUUAACCGUGAUGGCAGGAACUGUCAAACAUCCAGUGAGCCUUGAUCAAAGUAGAACCUCACCGACUAUCACCAGGGACGAGACCCACCACACCACCCAAAGGCCUUCACAUAGUUCCAGCCACGGCUCGGAGAUGUCCUCCUCAUUGUCAUAUGUGGGAGAAAGGAUCCUCUCCGCCAACUCAGAGGCGGGGACAGAUGAGUUAAACGCUGGAACAUCCAGAGCAGUUGCUCUCACUUUCCCCAAAGAAAAAGAGGCCAGUCUAGCUCCCUCUCAACCAGUCAGAAUUACACUUUCUGCUGGGCCCACUGAAAGGACAUCUCAGGUACCACCUCUGACCCCUCAACAGGACACCACAACAGCCUCUGUGAAGCUUACCACCACAACUGUAGCUUCAACCGCCAACACUAAAAAUUCCACCACUACCAUGCCUUCCCUAAGAGUUACCGCUGCAACCACGCAGCCUACCACCACUACCACACUACAGCCCACACCUGGUACCAGGAGGAUGACCACCACCACAACCAUCAGGACUCAGACCAGCAGGAGAACGUUCACUCCACUUGUCCCGAGAACAAGCCCUCCUAGGGGGGCCACCACCAUAUUCAUCUCCCCUUUCACCACCACCACAGAGGCUCCGCCACAGCAGUGCAACAUCACAGAGAGAAUGUGGGUGAAAACAGUUGUUUCCAUCUAUGUCAGAAGAAACAGGCUGGACAGCAUCCAGAGGCAGAACCUGCGGAGGGGACUCAGCCAGGGCCUCCGAAAAGCUCUUAAUGAUACUUCUGCCCAAGCACAGGUGGAGACUGUAUUUGGCUCUCCCAACAUGACGGUGGCUUAUCACGUGACUGGAGGAGACAUGGUCUACCCCCCCUCUGUAGUGCUGGAAGGCUUGGACUCCUAUGGCCGUGAUAAGCUGAUUGCAGACCUGAGACAGUACCUCCCCAUGGUAACAGCCCUGCCCCUCCCAGCUGCAUUGUGGAGAACCAGCCCAGCCUCUGGCUUCCAGCUGAAAACAGUGUUGCAGUUUGUGGGAGCUGGUGAUAAUCCUCGGUCCUGUCGAUUCUCUCAAAUGAUGGAACAGAGGCUUGAGAAGGUGUUUUCUGAAGCGCAGGCCAAAGUGUUCAGCACUAACAGCAGGCUUUCAGUUCAGAUGCUGAGUGUCACACAGGCAGCAGGCUCUCCUGCUGUGUCAUUGGUCUACACUGUGAGUAAUGGCACUGUCUUCCUUAAUGGCACCACUGCCUCAAACCUCCUUGGUCAGCUGUCAGCUGAGCUGGUGGGCUACUUCCUCUUCUAUCCACCACUUGUCAUUGCUGAGCCACUGGAGUAUCACAAUCUGAACACCUCCAUUGCAACCAGAAACUUCUGGGUUAUCACAGUGAUCCAGGAUGUGGAUAACGCCAGCCUGGAGGGACAGUACCAAAGCUUUGCCAGUUUAAUGGAGCAGCGGCUGGCAGAGUUGUUUGUGUUGGCAGGCCAGCAGGGCACUCGUUUUAGACGAGCGACUACUGUAGGCAGCUACACUGUCCAGAUGGUGAGCAUCCGUAGAGUUUCAGGGUUGAAGAAUCCUGCAGAGAUGACUUAUUAUGUCCAGCACAAUGGCAUUCCUUUACCGGGCACGUCAGCCGCCAAGGUCCUGAACACUGUGGAUUCUCAGACCAUGGCGCUCACCCUGGGCUACUUUGUCCAGCUGCAAGCAGAACCUGUGGUCAAGAACCCUCCUAAUAACCUUUGGAUAAUCGCUGCAGUGCUGGCCCCCAUCGCUGUAGUGACACUCAUUAUCAUCAUCAUCACAGCUGUGCUGUGCAGGAAGAAUAAAAAUGACUUUAAAGCUGAUGCCAUCGGGAACCUCAAUCCACGAGCUAAGAUGGCGUAUCGGAGAGAUGUAGGCUAUUAUCAUCAGCCAGUCCAGGGUUUUGACUAUGCCAAGCAGCACCUGGGCCAACAGGGAGGAGAUGAGGAGACCCUGCCUGUCAGUCAGGAUACCUUAGUGAUGUCCCUACAAAUUCGGGACACGCCACUUUCACUAGAAAAGGCCCUGCAACAAGACGGAACUAUCAACAUGAAAAGCCUCACCGCUGACAAACACAAAAGCAAGUUGCCGAGUGAGGACGGUUCCGUCAUCAGCAACGAAUCAGAGAAGCUGAAUUCCGGCAGGGGCUUGACAGUGCCGAAAGUCACAGCACAGCAGAAACUGACAAAGGAGGAGACUCGCAAGAGGGACGAUCCAUAUGACACCUCCUCUGGCUCCCUGCAGCUCAUUUCCAUAAAGCCCAUGGUGGCUCAGCCCAACUACUCACACCCUGCAUCAUCUGACCGCAGCCAGGACUCAGCCGUUGUCAAUGGAGAGGUGAACUUGGCGCUGAAGCAGAAGUCAGACAUUGAGCACUACAGGAACAAGCUGAGACUGAAGGCUAAGAGAAAGGGCUAUUAUGACUUCCCCUCCACUGACGGCAGCAGCAGCAGUCGAGCCCAGGCGCAGAGACAGCGACAUGGCCAUGAGAGGGCAGCUGGUGAGCAUGGCAGACCACUGGAGCCUGAUGAUGAGCGAGGUUCCACUUAUGUCAAGUCUCACAGGAGGCACUCCCAGGUAGGGCAGACGGCCUAUCGCAGCAGACAGAGUCUGAGCAGUCCCAGUCCUGGAGGAACAGAGAUGGACCUGCUCGUUAUGAGGGAGAGACCCAGGAGAGGCAUCCGUAAUAGCGGCUAUGACACUGAGCCUGAGUUGAUCGAGGAGACGAAUGUUGACCGUCUAAUGGGGCCUCGGGGAUACAUGUAUGGCCGGGGCUUGAAAGGCCACUCAGAGACAUCCACUCUGAGCUCACAGCCGUCCAUUGAUGAAGUUCGACAGCAGAUGCACCUGCUGCUGGAGGAGGCAUUCAGCCUGGCUUCGGGGGGACAGUCCACGUCCGGAAGGCAGCAGCACCACCACCACCAACCCCCUCCUGACCACUACAACCCUGCACCGCCUCCCCUCCCUUAUGCAGAUGUGGUGACCAGCGCUCCGGGCACGAUGAGCUGUGGCCGGGGGGGUCUGCAGUGGGUACCAUCUUAUGGUGCAGACAUGUAUCAGUGCAGCCUGCCAAAACCAGCCUUUCGCUUCACCCAGCUUCCUGAGAUGGCCAUGGGUUCUCCUCCCCCCUUACCACCUCGCACUGGACCUCCUCCUGGGACCUCCUUAAGACGUUCCACUUCUGACUUGGGGCCUAAGGGAAGGAGCUCAGAGACAUCUGUCACAGAAAUGCAGAGUCAACAUGACAACAACCCAUAUGGGCUAACCACUAGAGGAGCACUUCCAUCUAUCACUGCAGAGCAGCCUGUGUCCAACUACUCAGGAAACCCAAUAACAGCUGUCUACGCCAUCCCAGCCUCCAGGUCUGGCUACUCAGAGUACUUUGUCUCAACACCACCAACCUCCUACCAUAGUCCCUCUUGGAUGUCCUAUCCACCUGAACCUGAGGAUGUGCCACCACAGUGGGCGGACUCUAUGCCCCUGCCUGGGUAUGUAGAGGCUUUUCCUCAUCCUCGCUACCCACGGGGGAGCCCCACCAGGUUGCCCCUGGAGUAUAACCCGACACUGGAGCAGCCCUCCGUUGCUCCUAGCACAGCAUCCCAGCAAAGCCUGCCCCAGGUGGUGAAGGAUAUGGACAGCAUGCCCCUGAGCAGCCUCUCCACCUCUGCACUCGUGCAGGCUAUCCGGCAGGAGGUGGCCAAGCUGGCAAAGAAACAAAAUGACAUGUUUGAGUUUUAA